UCGCGCGGAGGAAACGUGCGGCGCUAGUCAGUGACAGACAAGAUGGCGGAGUGCCUGGUGGUGCAGUGGUAGCGCAACGGUGCACGCACGUACCGCGCCAACGUGUGCAGCAACGGGGUUAGGAACAGCGAGUGCGGCAGUUGAGUGCGGAACGAGCAGCGGGGAUGGAGCAGGCACUCGCGGCGACGACGCGACGUCGCGGCCACCAGCAUCACCCGCGACACACCACGCGACGACGUCUCGACGCCUCCAGCAGAGGACCCGCGCAGUGUGGCCCUGCUGGUGCCGCCAAGGACGCCACCACGUCCACCGUCGGCGACGAGACGUCGCUCGCCGUUGACGACCGUCUCGGAGCGACGGAGGCGAGUCCAUCCGUGCCGCGCGCCACGCUCGGCACGAGGUGGCCGAUGAGGAUCAACGACGCCGAGACGAACUCGAGAACGCAGAUCGACGUCCGUCAGGACGACGACGACGACGACGACGUCCGACAGAGGCUCGCGCAGUGUAGCCCGGACGAUCCCGCGCCCGGCGCCAGCAAGGGUGCCGCGCGCGGCAAAGGAGCGCCGACGACCAAGGAGAAGCGGUCGCCACGUGGGAGGAACGCCGAGGGCGACGCGCCGAGCAAGAGCGGCGACUCGCCCGAGCCUGAGCACGCGGUCGCGAGGGCUCGCGGCGACGGGAACUCCGACGACGAGUCGGCGAACGUCGAGGAGGACCCGGAACUGGCGGAGCUGGCGAAGCUGCGCUGUCCCAGCGAACGCACCGAGGUCCAGGCCGAGCGCGAGGCCCGCAGGCGGAAGAGAUGCGCCGACUAUCCCGGUCUCGCCUUCGGUUGCUCCAUAUUCUCCAGCGACACGAUGAUGAAGUUCAGUCUGAUUAAGAACGAACUGCAGAAUAUCAUGGGCAAUCAGCUGAAGCGGGCCGAGUCCGAAGUUGCCGCCUUGAACCGUCGUAUCCAAUUGCUGGAGGAGGACCUCGAGAGAUCUGAGGAGCGUCUUGCCACUGCCACUGCCAAAUUGGCAGAGGCAUCGCAAGCUGCCGAUGAGAGCGAACGCGCCCGCAAGAUUCUCGAGAACCGCAGCUUGGCGGACGAAGAGCGCAUGGACGCCCUUGAGAAUCAGCUGAAGGAGGCCAGGUUCCUCGCCGAAGAAGCCGACAAGAAAUACGAUGAGGUCGCCCGUAAAUUGGCCAUGGUUGAGGCCGAUCUAGAACGCGCCGAGGAGCGUGCCGAGGCCGGAGAGUCCAAGAUCGUCGAGCUUGAAGAAGAGCUGCGUGUCGUCGGCAAUAAUUUGAAGUCCCUCGAGGUCUCCGAGGAGAAGGCCAACCAGCGCGAGGAGGAAUACAAGAACCAAAUUAAGACCCUCACUACCCGUCUAAAGGAGGCUGAGGCACGCGCUGAGUUCGCGGAGAGAUCCGUGCAGAAACUCCAGAAGGAGGUUGACAGGCUCGAAGACGACCUCACGGCCGAGAGAGAGAAAAACAAAUUGCUACAGGAGGAGAUGGAGGCCACCCUGCAUGACAUCCAGAACAUGUAGAUCGUGUGUCUUUCGCGGUGGACAAAAACACAUAACGCGAAAACGUUUAGGGAGCGAGAAACAUCCGAGAAAGAGAAAGAGAGAGAGAGAGAGAGAGAAUUAGCAGAACGGCGGCAACGAGAAGUGAACGAGAAACGAAACGCCGCCGUUACGGCGCGAGCGCUUCGUGUGUGGUGCACACCUUAAUAUUAACGGAUAAAAAUGCAGUCUUUAGGCUAGCCUUACACCCUCCAUUACGUCCAUCCGCAGUGCGUGUAUGUGUUGUGCGUGCCUGAGUGUACGCGAUCCGUCGCGUACGUUGCGUGUAUCUAUUUGUAUGCGCGUGACGUAAGAUAGAGACUGAUGUAGCAUGAGAGUAAAAGAGGGGAAAAUGAAAGAGCGGAGAAUAUGAGCGUGUAUGCGUGAGGAAGAGGAAGGAAGAUGCAGCACGAGAGGAUUAGUACGGCAGAAAAAGAGAGAACGAGAGAGAGAGAGAGGACGUAAAAGGGAUUGAAUGAGGAAGAAUAAGUAAUACAAGAGGACAAACGACAGGAUGGUUCCGUAAAUAAAUAAUAUGAGGUACUUGUAAUCUAAAUCGGAUUUUUAGCUUUAGAUUUUAGCUUAGUCUGCCUUUAAAUUUUAAUUCGAGGGCAAUACACAAAUCGAGGCAUGGCUGCGACCGGUUUGAGGCGUCUCCGAGCUCUCGCUCCCGCGAUUUAAAUCCGUUACGAAACUGGCCGUGGGAGGAAUACGUGAGUGGGAUUUCGAAGUAAGAGAGAGACGCAGAGUCGGAGGGAAGCGGACGGGACGAUCCGGAUUGCUCGUGCCGAGAGGAAAAGAGGAAAUUCGAUGAGACAAGUUUGAGACCAGCUUUCCCGAGCGUGUGCCAAUUAUCAUUUUGUUUUUUAUCCGCCAAAGACGACGUUUAAAUGUGAUCUAUUAUAUAAUUAUAUGUAUAUGAUAUUGUACUUACUAUAUAAUUAUAUAGUAAACUGUGCUCGGACUCGUCUAACGUGAAAUCAGCCUGAAAUCCCCAUUACUAAAUUAUUAAACGAGACUGCCGACCGAAAGGUCUUUUACAAGUGACUUUUGCGAAAAUUCUUUUUUAUCCUCACCGGUCGAGCGUCUCAUCGAAUUUGCUUCUCUCGGUGGAAAAAGAAAAAAUACGUCGCGUCGCGGGCUCCCGCUUGAGACGGGGGGGGUAAACCUCAAGUGCUCAUUAUUAUACUUUUCGCAUCGCAUUCCGCAUUCCACGCGGCUCAGCUCGCGCGAGAAGGCGCGUUUUCGUUGGUUUCUUUUGUUCGUCGGAGUUUUUCGUCGGUCGUCGUGUCGCGUCGAUCAUCUUCUCAUUGCCGCCGAUGAAAGCAAAGACGACAGCGAGCAAUAAUAACCGCGCAUUUAAGAGAAAGCCACUGCCAAACUGCCAACAAUGUUUUUUUACACAUGUACACCUUUCGUAGCGCGUCUUUGUCUCUUCGUUGUGCAAUAUUCAGAGUCAUCCAGGCAAAAUCGAGCGCGCGCCAACGCGAUACAUUGCCAUUUAUUAUAUAUCAAUGCGGUCUUUUUUUCGCACAAUCAGGGUGCAAUCGCGAGUCGUCUGGCCUAUGUAACAUACGUGUGUGCAAUGUGCGUGCAGGACGAUUUAACGUCGAGCCUAAAAAACAAUCAAUCAAUCAAUGCACAAUAUUUAAGAUACGAGCGGGCAAACAACAGACUCUUUUGUGACGCUGCAGAGCAGCUUCCCGUGCCAGCUGAGCCAUUUUCGAGAUUUACCGAUCGUGCCUGUAUAUAUUUACUAUAUAAAUAUUAACCACGGCCAAUAUAUCGAACCUCGAUGCAGGGAACGUGCUUCGUUUCGAUCGUGACAGCAAAUCAAAGAGAUCGAAGGGAUCGAUAACGAUCGUCAAGACGACGAAUAUAUUCGGAAUUAAUUGAUUAAUUAAUUACUUACUUUCACCUUGCGGCGCAUAGGUCGUCUUUAAUUAAUUAUUAUUAUUAAUUAAUGCAGAGAGAGUUAUAUCCCAUUAAUAUUACUGCUACUUCACGCCCGCCAUCGAGCAACCGCGCAGAAAUUUUCUCUUCAAAUCCUUUCCUUUCCUCCUUCUUUUGUUUUUUUAAUAGAAACACGUCUACGCCGUGUAUCUACUACCUACCUACCCCGGUGUCGUAACGCCGUUCAUGGUUAUUCUUGUAGCACUUUUCCUGCAGCAUAUUCUUGGAUGGCCUUUUGAUGUAGGAAUGUGCAUCGUCCUCUUCCCGUUUCGAUGUGUAAACGCCUGUACAUUUUAUCGUCGUGGGGUCAUUGAGCGGUCGUGAAGGUACGGAGCUACCUGAUGAUGGGAUGAGUCGCGUACGCUCGAAAGUGAUUCCCCACGACGAUGAAAUGACGGGAAUAUUUUGCCUUCUCCGUCAAAGUUCUUAUCGAUUAGUCUCUCUUCAUUAAAAUUCACUUACAUGUACAUAUCGGUACAUCUUGCUACAAUUGUAAUAUUAUUGCGCGUUAAUCGCAUGAUCUCGUAACGCGAUCACGUUACAUUAACACCGCAUUGUCGAUCAGAAUGGUAUUCCGGUUCAGAAGUUUGGACUCUCUCGGCUUGUAUAUUAUCCGCGAAAUGGAAUUAGAGCUCAGUUUGUGUGAAGAUGAUGAUGGACCAUGCAAUACAGUGACACAUGUGCGUCAUCGAAAGGCCACCCAAAGAGACCCAGCGCGACCGCGUUUGUUCUCCAAGUUGGCGCCGCCACGAGCGAGCGUUCACCGAAAAAGCAAGAAAGUAAUCGCGAAAAGCACAACUACACGAGACUACACGUCCCAUCGUUGAGUUUUGUUAGCCCCGUUUUUUUUCUUUUUUGAAUAGUAAUACCGAAAUUAUGGAAACGCAGAUAUAUACUUGAGUUUAUGAGAGAGAAAGAGAGAGAGUGAGAGAGAGAGAGAGAGUUUUAGUUUAUUAAUUUACUUAAUAUUAAUGAAUGGAAUGAUAAUAACACUAAUAUCAUUGUAAUAAUAAUGAUUAUUAUAUAUUACUAUUAUUAUAAAACUGUUUAUAAUAUAUAUUUUAAUUUUGAAAAAGAGUGUGUUUGUUUUCGUUGUGUUUUCAUUUCUUUUUUAUUUAUUUCACCUGCGCUGAUGUUAAUCCUCCACCGUUAACAUAAUUACUGUCCACGCGACGUAACACUGUGGCCGCCUUGUUGUUGUUAGAGUUACAGUAACAAGCAUGACAAGCGAGGACAAGUGUGGUACGUAUGCCAUAUAAUUUUUACGGUGAGUAAAAACUGCUUAAUCCGAUUUCGCUACUUAAACGCAUGACAGAAAUCUCACGUGUAAUAUCCCUAUAAACUUGACGAUUGUCUCUCAUCUCUGUUGUAGGGCAAUUACUAUUUCACAGAUGUGCCUUUCCGAUCAUUUGCGCAGUCUUUUAUCGAUACUGAUAACAUCCUUGCGUUAUCAAUAUCUAUCGUAGAUAGAACACGUGUUAUCGAUUGCAGUAUCGAUUCUUCUCGCAUCGUGGCAAGAAGCUAAAAUUGAAGAUUGCAAUUUAUAAUCGAGUAACAUAAUUUUUUAAAAACAUGCGAAAUUUAUUUCAAGUUGAAAAAACAAUGUUAAGGAUUAAGGGUGUAAGUUGAAGGUAUAUAUGAUAGCUAAGAGAUUUAGGAAAAAUGGUACAGAAUUAUUGGAAUAACAAUUAUAAGUCGCACGUUAAGAUUCAUAAUUUACCCAGACUGUCGACUCUCAGGCUUCAUUACUUUCACUGCCAUCCUGCUUGGCCAGUCCGCCACACCGAGUGCUUGCUCAGCGAUUUACACAAUUUUAACACAACAUUUCUCACGUUUCUUUCCUCGGCACCGUUCUUCAUUAUUUCGGUACUGCACACUUUCGCACUACACCAUUAUACCGCAGGUGACGCGUAACUGCGUAGCGGCUAACGUUGCGAAUGCUUGCAGAUGAGAUGGUGACCGAAAAGGAGAAAUUCAAGGAGGUCGGGGACGGCCUGGAUAAUGCGUUCUUUGAACUCUACGGCGUUUAACGCGGCGUACUAACCAUCCUCCUAAAUCGCUACGACAAAAUAAAAAGCAAACAAACGAACCCUUCUUACAAAUCUAGCUUGCACUUUAACACGUAUGCCACGAACUCGUCCACGAGAAGGAGAAGUACAAAUACAUCUGCGACGACCUGGACCUCACCUUCACCGAAUUGGUUGGUUAAACCAAUGGCUGUAUCGGCCAUCGAACGUCCGCACCCGCUGUCGAAUUCUGUCACCGUGCACCAGCAUCCCGCGUGCGAUCCGGUCGCGGUCGACCUGCGACAACGGCCAUCCGAUGCGUACACUUUUGUUAUCGUAAUUAAACUCAGUGUAUUAUAAAAUACGUUCCGCGUGAUCAACGUGCUCUCUCUCGGUUUUUCUAUUUACCAGCGAGAUUCCACUUUCUGCGCUUUCGGCUUUCUCAGCAGCCGCGAUUAUUUAUUUAUUUAUUUCUUCCUUUCGAAAACGCCGCUUGAUAAAUUGAAAUUACAGAUAUACGCAAUUUCUCCCGAGCGUAGUAAGCUGCAUUACGCUGCUUUGGCGACUACGCACGCGCGGUAAGUAGAGCAAAAAAGAGAAAAGUAACGGUCCGACACCUGUACGUGUCAUCAAUAAAACAUCAUUGGCUUCUGAAAUUUAUCUCGAUGAUUCUGCGUCAUAACAUACAUAAGUGAUGCGACUUGAUACUUGCGCAUUGUACAAGACCACUUUUGUUUCGAGUACUCCAGAGAAGAGAUUAAAUAAAAUAUCGGAUAGUAUUUAA